UGAUGUUCAUACAGCUACUGUAAAUACCUCUCAAGGACUGAUAUCCACGCUAAGUUUACUGUUCAUCUGAGUUUAUCAUUGAAGAAACAGGACCCCAAAAAGGGCGGAGCGAUUUUAUCCAGACGAAGUAUGCUAACCGAAAUCUGGAACUCUGAAAACUGAAAUCAAGAAGUAGUGUUUUUGGCUCUGUUGGCUUUUUUUUUUUUUUUUUUUUUCUUCACAGAAAAGUAUCGUUCUUUUUAAAUGGAUGGAUGUAGCACAAAUUACAGGAUAUAUUUUAAUCGGCAUACAGUAAUAGGCCCACGCACAUCGUAACCUUAAACGACUAUGGGCUUUUGUGCACCCAACCUUGAAAAUUUAAAGCGAAAACGAGACCAAAGUGCUUGAUAACAACUUUUAAUAGUAUUCAUAGUACCGUUGACUGUAUUCCUCGAAAUGGUCUUUGUUUUUAACGUGUAACGUUUAACAUCUGCUUCGCCUUUUGUUUUAAAAAAAAAAAGCGGAUGAGCAACUCGCUCUACUAAAUCAUGAGGAGUUUAUUGAUCGGAUAUGUAGGGAGUUGUGAAUAUGAUUCAUAAAUCUUUUUUCCUCUGUCUGUGGAUUUGGUUCUCGCAUGGUGUGUCUGAUGUUAAAACAGAUGAAAUUAAGUUAUUAUCAGUGCUGGAAGGAGAUUCUGUCACUUUAAACACUGGUGUUACUGAAGUGCUGAGAAAUGAUCAGAUACUGUGGAUGUUCAACAUUAACAAUUCAGACACUCGUAUAGCUGAAAUCCAUAAGCAGAUCAUUGAUAUGUAUGACAGUAAUGUGAUAUUUGGAGACAGACUCCAGAUGGAUAGACAAACUGGAUCUCUGACCAUCAGGAACAUCAGAACUGAACACUCUGGACUUUAUAAACUACAGAUCAUCAAAGGAGGGGUCACAUACAGGAGUUUUUCUGUUGCUGUCUAUGCUCCUCUUCUUAUUCCCGUCAUCAGCAGAAACACUUCAAACUGUUCUUCAUCAUCACCAUCUCAACGUUCAUCAGUGCCCAAAUGUUCACUGCUGUGUUCAGUGGUGAAUGUGAGUGAUGUGAGUCUCUCCUGGUACAAAGGAAAUAGUUUAUUGUCCAGCAUCAGUGUGUCUGAUCUCAGCAUCAGUCUCUCUCUACCUCUGGAGGUGGAAUAUCAGGAUAACAACACCUACAGCUGUGUGAUCAACAAUCCCAUUCACUAUAAUGAGACGUUUGGAGACAGACUGCGGAUAGACAGUCAAACUGGAUCUCUGACCAUCAGAAACAUCAGAACUGAACACUCUGGACUUUAUAAACUAACCAUCAACAGCAAAACCACAUCCAACAAGAGAUUCAGUGUUACUGUCUAUGCUCAUCUGCCUAUUCCUGUCAUCAUCAGUACCUACUCAAACUUAUCAUCAUUAUCAUCACCAUCAUCAGGAUCACCAAUGUCGAAAUGUUCACUGCUGUGUUCAGUGUUAAAUGUGAGUCAUGUGACUCUCUGCUGGUACAAAGGAAACAGUUUAUUGUCCAGCAUCAGUGUGUCUGAUCUCAGCAUCAGUCUCUCUCUACCUCUGGAGGUGGAAUAUCAGGAUAAAAACACCUACAGCUGUGUGAUCAACAAUCCCAUCAGCAACCAGACUCAACAUCUCAACAUCAGCAAACUCUGUCAGACAUGUAAAGCACCAGAUGGCCGUUCACAUCUCAUGGUGUCAAUAGUAGUUGUUCCAGCACUGCUGAUGUUCAUAGCUGUAAUUGCAGGUUUGAUGAACCACAUGAAGUGUAAACAACCAGAAAUGAAGGUUAUUGUUGCAGCAGAUCACACUGUGUACUCAAGUGUUUAG